AUGACCACGCUGCUUAGCGCGCUUCUGCUCGCAGGCGUGUCUGGGCAACCGGAUGUGGUGCCAUUGCAGCAUCAUCCGCGGUAUCCGGGAAACCUGGACUCGACUGCCCUCGGCAAUCUGAAGCAGAAGAACGUCUUGGACCAGGAGCUUGACUUGAGCAUCACGCGUGCCCAUGCGCUGGUGGCAGAGCUCUUCGUGGGAACGCCACCGCAGAAGAUGACCUGUUUGCUGGACACGGGCAGCUCUGACCUUUGGAUCCCUUCCAAGCACUGUCAAAGCUGCGAGAAUCAGCACCUCUUCCAUGCCGACAAGUCUUCGACCUUCGUGCCCGAGCUGCACGAGACAGCACAGGGUCGGCGCCCCUUAGCAGUGCGUAUCAGCUAUGGAAGCGGCCAGAUCACUGGCUACAAGGUGCAAGACACGAUCAGCUUCGGAGGGCACACGGUCCGCAACCAGACGUUUAUCAUCGUUGAAGAUGCCCUCCUUCCUCCAGACCGAGACUGGGACGGAAUCUGCGGUCUGGGUUGGGAGACCAUCUCGCAGCUCGGCCAGCCACUGUAUACCAGGUUCCAGGAGAUGGGUUUCAAGGCGAUGUUCACCUUCGUGCCGCAGGGCAGCCGUUCUGCGCAUCUCUCGGUGGGCCCCUUUCCCCAGCAUGCGGUCAAGCCUGGCACCACGGUCUGGGCGGACGCCGAAGCCGCAGGUAUUCACGGAGGCGCAAAGGAAAAGAGCCCAAAGCGAAGCGAAGCCCGAAAGGCCGAAACUGUAAGAACUAAGAACCAGUGCAGUGUGAGCCACCCUUUGCAUCUCUUUGCCGACGAAGGGCAGCGGAGCUUCUGGGUUACCACCGGCGGCAUCGCAGUGCACAAGCAGACGCCUCAUCCGGCCCGCUUCCUCGUGGACACAGGCCUUAAGUGCCUGCUUGAGGGCACAAACCAAGUGCUGCUAGCCCCGCGGCGCCUCUACAUCAGCAUCAUGCGGUCGGUUCUGCCGAAGGAUAAGUUCAAUGAUCUCUGUGGCGUUGAUCACAUGAAAGGCGGCAUUGUCUUCUGUGACUGCUCUAUUGUGGAAGCUUCGCGAGACCUGCCGCCACUCCGUAUCUUUAUCGCAGAGCACCCAUUCGAGUUGCCGGUCGAGGAAAUGUUUAUCCGGGUGCCAGCCAAGAAUGGCUUCGGAGAGGCUUGCAUGCUGGCCAUUCAACCGAACAAUGUCGAGAUCGGGAGCGGCUUGGGACCCGGCGUGCCUCUUCCGCUGCCUUUCGGCCUCGGAGGGCUACUGCGAGACCUGCCGAAGCUGGACGGCUUUCCUUUUCCCUUCCCGAAGCUUGGUCCUCUCUUGGGCGAAACCGAGCCCAGCUCGGGUUCGACCGCGCCGGCUGCGUCUCCCCUUGAAGGGCUGGACAUGCCUCUCUUCGGGGAGGGCACAGCAGGCAAGGGUGCGCUGCCCCUGCCCAAGCUCCUACCUCUCUUUGGCGAGAAGGGCUCCGGAAACUCAAUGCCUUCACUCGGAGGCCUUCACAUCGGACCCCUCGGUAAAGGGGUCUUGUCAGAGCAGGUUCAGGAGCAAAUCCACACUCGCCCGGAUGGGACGGUGUGCAAAACUACCAUCGUCGUCGUCAAUGGCAAGGAGAAGAGUCGAAAGGAAGACUGCUCGAAGCCUCGAGUAGACAUGGCCGACGAGGUUAGGCGGCUGCAGCUGGUGGUUCCUAUGGGCGGCAUUCUGGAGCUGCCGCUGGAUCCAUCGGGUGAUGCGAGUGACCAAGACGAGGGUGCCGAAAUGUGGGUUUUAGGCGGCAUGUUUCUGCAGCGGUUCGUCGUGUCCUUCGACUUCGACCAGGUGUCUCUCGACUACACGAUCCGCCGGGAGCUCUACUUCUCCGGCGCUCUUCUCCACGACCGAGGCGUUCUGGGAGCACGGGCCGUGAUGGCCCAGUCGGGAGAAGGAGGCUGGACUUAUCGAGAUAAGGACCCCCCUCCGGGCUAUGACGGUGCGAACCCGCAAAGCACCUUCAAGCCUUACCUUCGGGACUUGGAGCUAUGGCAAGCUGCUUUGGAUGUGCCAGAAGAGAAGCAGGGCUUGAAGCUGGUCCAGGUCUUGACCGGGGCAGCCAAGGCGGCGGUCGACACCCUCACCGUGAAGGAGAUUAAAGGCGCCGACGGUUACCCCAACGUGAUAAAGAAGCUGAAGGAGGCGUUCAAGCCCUACGUGGAGACGGCCCUCCCGCGGGCCAUGGAGAACGCUUUCUACGGCCAGCCGCGCGGGCACAAAGAAAGUGUGAGCGAGUUCUUGGUGGGCUUCCAAAGGGCGCAAGCUGUGCUCAAGGAUGAGGGCAUCACUCUUCCCACCAAGGCGGUGGGCUACCUUCUGUUCAGGCAGGCCAACUUAGACCACGAGUUGGAAGCCAGGCUCGUUACCUGGCUGGCUGGCGACUACUCCCUGGACACUGUGAUCACCAACCUGCGCCGGCUGGAGAGGGAGACUUCCGAGCCGGGCAAGAAGGUCUUUUUUGGAGAAGAGGAGGACCCAGAGGACGAGCAAGAGGCGCACGGCUAUGAGACCUACAUCGCCGACCCGGCCGAGGACGACGACGAUGACGAGAACUGGGUGUACCUUGAAGAGGGCCAGCUGGACGGCACGUUCGACGAGGAUGAGGUCUUAGAGGCCCUUGCCACCUACCAGCAGGUCCGCAAGCAGAUCAAGGAGCAGAGGCUGGGCCGGCAGUUUUACAAGCCGGGCGACGCCGGCAAAGGGAAGGGCUGGUGGUUCCAAGUCGGCCGGCAAGGGCGUCUUCAAGCCGAAGGGUGGUGGAGCCAAAGGAGGCAAAGGAGAAAGCCGACGGAUCCACAUAGAGCAGCUGAAGCUGCGCACCAGGUGCCGCAACUGCGGCCAGCUCGGCCACUGGAGCCGCGAGUGCAAGUCGCCUUCUACCGGGGCCCCUUCUUCGGUGUCUUCGUCGGCGGCGGCUUCGAGCUCCCAGCGGUCAAGCUUUUACUGGACCAUGCCGCAGGACAAGCCUCGCAUGGGUUGCUCUCGGUACUUCGGCCCCACAAUCUUCGAGCACACUGGUUGAACAAAGAAGCAAGCGCUCGGGGCAUAGGAGGCUGCGCUCGUGCUCUUGGCAUGUGCGGGCUGCCGGUCGUGAUUGCGGGCAUAGCAGGGGUGCUAGAAGCCACCGUGGUGGCAGACGAUGUUCCCUUGUUGUUGCCGGUGUCUUUGCUGAAAGCCCUGGGUGCCAUUGUGAACCUUCCCGAGUCUAAGCUCCAGCUCACCGUGGUGCAAGCCGAGACCCCUAUGAGUACCAUGGCUUCGGGUCACCUUGCAGUCUCGGUUGUUGACUUCGGGGAGCAGGGUUGGAGUUUGCCUUCGGCGUGUCAGGGAAUAAGGCAAGACCAGGACUUCCGCUUGAAUGGAGAACGCGGCUCUACUCGGUUGUGCUUUGGGGGCGGUUGCGUUCCGGCGGUGUCGGAUUGGAUGGGCCCAGCACCUUUGCCGCGGGCUACGAGCCAACCUUCGACAGCUUCCUCGGGAAGCAUGGUGGUGGCGCCGACCGACAAGGCCAAGUUCUACCGCACCUACCUCGACGGCAACCCCAAGCUUGCCGAGCGGGAGGAGAAGAUGGAACAGCUGCAGGCGCAGCUCGACCUCCUGACGGGCAAGGCCAUGGAGUUUCAGAUGGCCGAAGAUGCGCGCGCUUCGUUGGAAAUGGCGCUCAGCAGCAUGGAGGAACGCAUGAGGACCACGACGACCCAGAUCACCACCGAGUUCCGCAGGCUGCAGAUGGCGGAGUCAGAGACGCGGUUCAAGAGCAACCACUUCCCCACCAGGGACACCCGGGAGGAGUGGAUCCAGGCGGCCCAGAAUUACAAGAAGGCGGCCGAGCAGAUCCUGGCGUUCUACCAGGACACCCUGAACCAGCGCUCUCAGCUGGCGUCCCUCUUGAUGAGGGGACUCCAUGGACGACGGCUUGCAUACCACGGGGACCUGUGCGAGUGGGUGGCUUUGCUGGCGCACGGGAUGCGCGGCGAGACCCUUCGCCUGACUAUGGCCGAGCCGGGCGCAGCCGAUCAUGUGUGGCGGUUGGCCAGGGCUCAGUGGAGACGGGGCGGCACCUUUGUCAUCGAGCUGAAGGCCCAGCCCAAAAACCAUGAGCCGUGGAAGCAACUUCGUGCUCAGGUCCUGGGUUCUUCGGCCGCCCAAAGGCUUCUGGUGCUGGGCUAUGACAAGGAAGCGCCCCAGAGCAACCCCAUCGACCUGGACAACGUGGAGGAGAUCGAGCGAGACGAGGGGGAAGCAAGCACUCAAGGAGUUAAGGAGCCAAGCCGGCAGGAGAAAGAAGCGGUCGAGAAGCUUCACCGGAACCUGGGCCACCCAAGCAACGCUUCUUUGGCCCGGUGCUAUGCUCCCAAUGUGGUUGUGGCGGUGGACCUCUUCGAGCUCCCCACCUGGAACAACGACGGGGUCUUGGGCUUCCCGCAGAUUAUCCUUCUGGACCAGGGCACCGAGUUCCUAGGCGAGUUCCGCCAGAACGCCCACGACCUCGGCAUCCUCAUCCACACCAUUGGCGCGAGGGCGCCGCAUCAGAACGGACGGGCCGAGCGCCAUGGAGCUCUCUUCAAGGCCAUGUUCCAAAAGGCCCUGGGGUCGAACCCGGCCACAAGCAGCGAGGACUACAAGGUCCUUUUGCGAGAAGCGGAAUCAGCCAAGAACCGCCUCUCGGAUAGGAGUGGUUUCUCACCGGCCCAACGUAUGCUGGGGGAAACACCCAGGACUACGGACGAGCUGCUGGCUGAUGAAAUGGUGGAUGUGGUCCUAAAGGGCGUGACGGGCGAGAUGGAGAAGAGGCUUCAAGCUCGAAGGGCUGCUCAAAAAGCCUUUGCGGAGGUGAACACUUCCCAAGCGGCGCAAGGGGUCAAGAAGCAAGCCUGGGUGGGUCCGGGAGUUGUCGUCCUCCCUGACGGGCCCAACUGCUACGUCAAUGUGAAGGGCAGGAACCUCUACCUCCGCGUGACCACAACGAUCGUGUGCUUGCUGAAGGUGACGCCGGGACUAGCUAGAGCCAGGGUUGAAGACCCGGAACCGCCGGUACCGUUUCUUGAAGUUGCGGUGCCGGUUCAAGAGAUCGAGGAGGCGAUGCAAGAACCUCCGCUUCCUGAGCCGCCGGUUCCCGAGGUCCCGAUUCCUAUGCAGGACAUUCCGCGGCAUGUGCCGCCAGCUUCCGCGGAGGAGCCCAAGGUGGAAAGGACGGCCAGCCAGCCGGAGGCCGACGUGGAGGCAAGGAUCAAUGCAGGGCAAGAAGCCAUUCAAGCCGCCAGGCAGCUGGUCGCUCAGGACGACUACUUCGAGGAGCCGGCCGUGCCGCCGACAGUGUUGGAAGAGAGGGCCCCGGAGCAACCGCGGCGGCACCAUGUGAAGUGGCGUUCGAGCUCCUUCUCUCCUUGGGAAGCUCCCAAGCUUCCGGUGCGGCACCUGACUUCUGAAAGGAGCACCACCAGGGUCUUCAAGACGGGCCUCAGCGACCAGGUGAGCGACGACUGGAAGGAGCUUAAACCUUCAAGACGCAGCCACGGAAAGUGGAAGGGCUACACCGACUUCUACCUCACCCGCUCGUCGCUGGCAGAGGUGCGGAAGCAUCCGGAGAUGUUCCAGGUCUCGGAAGCGCCACAGGAGUUCCUGAUUGAUUCCGAGGCGCCGGGGAUUUUUGCGGUCAAGAAGGGCAGCGACGAGAUUGCCGAGAAAGACAUUAAGCAAGAAGACUGGCCCGAAUGGAGGGUAGAAGAUGCCAAGGAAUGGUCCAAGAUCGAGUCGUCUGGGGCAGUCAGGGUUCUAUCUCCUGAAGAAAGCAACGCGGUGAUCGAGCAGCUGACCAAGAAGCUGGACCGGAUCAUCGACAGCCGCUAUGUGACGACUCAAGACCCCGAGGCGGUGGACUUGAACACCUACAGCCCCACGGUCACCACGCAGAACUUGCAGGUGCCUGGCGGAAAGCUCUACGUGCGGCAACCAAGAAGCGGGUUGCCAGGACUGCUGCCAGACCAAUUGGUCGAAAUUGUUUGCGGCGUCUACGGCUUGGUCGACGGGCCGAUCCACUGGCGCCGGACGCUAAAGCAGUUUAUCGUCGAGGAGCUUCACUAUCGCCAGUCUCGCUUAGACCCCACUGUGUUUUUGUUGGGGCAGGCCGGAAAGUUAGAAGGAAUUCUGGUCAUUGAGAUCGACGACAUUUUGUCGUUUGGCUACCAGGCCCACGAUGAGGCCAUGGCGCGGCUACGCCAGCGGUUCAAGUUCGGCAAGUUCAAAAGUUUUCAAGAGCGCCUCUUCCGCAUGAAGCUCGAGAAGGGCAGGCGCAGCAACCCAGAGGCGGAAGCGACGGCAGAUGAAAGGCAAAAGGCCCGAGCUGUGAUCGGGGCGUUGGCCUGGGCAGCCAAAGAAUGCCGACCAGACGCAGCGGCUGCAGCAUCUAUGCUUGCGAGCCGCCUACCUACGGCCAAGGUGCGGGACCUGGUGGACCUCAACCAAGCAGUCGAGGCAGUGAAGGCCAAGAGCCAGCUGGAGUUGCGUUUCUUUCCGAUUGCCCCUGUGGACCUGGGCUUCGGGACGGUGACUGACGCUUCGUGGGCAAAUCACCCAGAUGGUGGUUCGCAAGGAGCCACCGCCGUGAUAGCCUUUGACAAGGCGCUCUUGUCAGGGGCACGUGCCCACUGCAGUUUGGUUGCCCGCUGCAGUUUGGUUUCGUGGAAGUCGGGCAAGCUUCGCCGCAAGGUCUCUUCCACCCUCGCCGCGGAGGCUCAGUCGCUGAACAAAGGCCUUGGCGACCUGUUGUGGGCCAAAACCAUUUACGCCGAGCUGGUGGUCCUUCGCGAGUUCUUGUCGGUGAUUGACGCCAAGAGCCUCUACGACAACCUGGUCAAGGACGGCAAUCAACCUCAAGACAAGUUCACGGCCUUGGACGUGGCGAUUACCAGAGAAAAGAUCGACGGCAUGGGCGUGCAGGUGAGAUGGGUGGAGCACCAAAGUAUGAUCGUGGACUGCCUCACCAAGGUGAAGGGCAGCAAGCAGGCAUUGUUCGACCUGCUGGAGUCCGGGACUUUCCGGCUGGAGGCUGAAGGUGAGCUCUUGGAGGGACGAAUUGGGGUCGCCGAGCCGGUGGGUGAGGUCGACGAUGGCACGUUGGGACUCGCCAGCCUGCGCGGAGUGAAGUACCAGGGGAGCCCGUGGACGUGGACGCUGGUCGCCUGGAUGGCAGGCAUCCUGCUCGCUUUUUUGGUGGCCCUCAUUGCAUGUGCAGCUUGCCGGGUGACAUCCCGACGCAAGCUGGAAUCGUUGAUCUCUGAAACGGAUGUGCGAAUGAGCCACACUGGCCCUGUCGUCGCGCCUCCUGCGCCUCGUCGUGAGUUCUGCUACCAUCGCCGGAAGUAUCAGACGUUAGAUGUGGAUCCUGCAAGGACACGAGAAGAUCGAAGUGCUGACGAUGCUGUACAGUGUUUGCACCCGAUUUUCGGCAAGGCAUGGGAAGGCAUGGCUUGCAGGCUGCACUCCAGCCAGGAUUGGCUUGGCGUUGUUAGCCAUGUGGCUCAGCGACUGUACCUGGGCCUUACCAAGGGCGAUUGCGGUCAAAGUAUUAUGAAGCGGACGGUGUACGUUGGUGGUUUGGACGAACAGGUCGACCGCAAGGUUUUGGAAGAGGCUUUUGUGAAGUUCGGGGAUCUGAAGACGGUUGAGAUCCCCCUCGACAUGAAAACCGGGAAGCACCGAGGCUUCGGCUUCGUGGAGUUCAUGGAAGUGGAUGAUGCGGAGGCUGCCAUCGACAACAUGCACUCCGCCGAGCUUUACGGUCGGACGAUCAAAGUGAAUUUAGCACGUGCACCGAAGAGUACACCGACCACAGAGUCGAACAGGCCGAUCUGGGCAGAUGAUUUCUUCUAUCGCAAGAAGCUGAAGGACGGUGUCGUGCUCAUGCCCGCCAUGCUUGCCACAUUCACGGAGUCACAGACGGUCUCGGCCGGUCCGGCACGGGACUGGGCUGCUUGCGCCGAGUCUAGGGAGUGGUCGGCCUUCCGGCAUCAGGUCCGUGCCGCCUUCGAGGAAGCACCCGCGACUCUGGGGCGCGGUUUGGUCAGAAAGGCGCAGAUGCUCCUUCAGCGGUGGCAGGUUCCAGCCGGACAGUGGCGGGCCAUGCUGGGAAGCGCCCGGCCUGCUGGCGAUGUGGAAGAAGCGCAUUGUGGGGCAUCUGUGGACGUGACCCGUGGUGUCCUUGCUCAGGACACUAGUCGCGGAUUUCACCCCUACCAUCUCCUGACAUUGCCUCAUGACAGUCCUGUCUGGAGACAGGAGGACUUUCUGCGAUGGCGCCGGGACUUCUGUUAUUUGGGAUACGCCGUGGCUCUCUACGUGCGAUCAGCUUCCCGCAUUGGCCCCUCCAAGGCCUUGCAAGAGGAGGACGAGGAGGAGCACAUGAAGCUGUCAAGGGAGGAUUUGCAGGUCGCCUCGUCCAUGCUGGGUCGCUGCCGCGAGAUGGACUUUCUGGAUCGUUUUGUGUGGGGCGUGCAGUCCCUGGACCUCGACAUGAGCCUGCUGCGCCUGGGUGCUGCGCUGCCGCAGCCGGCCGAAGGCGAGGCUCCUCCAGUCGCCGAGCGCUGGUGGGGGGGGCGGUGGCGCGGGUUGGCGGAGGACUUCCCCAAGGAGCAGCGAAACGCCGCCGCGAACCUCUGGCAGGCCUUGGGGAACGGCGCGCGGUUCCGACGGAGUCUGGAGGCCCAGGUGGCGCGGAGCGUGGCUUCGGGAGCGCUCACGGGCUCAAAGGGCCCAAAUCCUCACUGGCGACAGCGGCCGAUCGAGGUGGCACUCUUUGCAGUGCCGGUUUGGUAUGCCACGGAGUUCUUGGUGGGCAUUCUGCGCUGGCGUUUCCCGGCUUUACCGCUCUCGGUCUUCUGCGCACCUCUCGGAGGCUACAAUUUGCCAAGGUCCAACGAGCUUCGAGAUCUGGUGGAGCCUUUGCUACAGGAGCCUGCCGAGCUGCGGCUCUUGCGCUUGAUCGAGGGCUACUGCUGCAAUUGGGAAGAAGUGGAAUUUUUGGUGGUGCGAGAAGCCAUCGGGCAACUGGCCCGCAAGCUGAGGCAGUCCUUUUCCUUCCUGGUCUGUGCCGGGCCACUCUGGUUGUGCCUGCUCCUGCGCGAGGGAGCAGGCACCGGCUUGCCGCUGCUGGCCCAUUGCCUCACAUUCCAAGACCUGGAUUUGCCAGGCGACAAAGACCAGAACGUGGCCUGGGUGCACCGGAAGAUCCUGGAGAACUUUGGUGCUGCACCGGGGUCCGGUGCUGGGGUCUCCGGGAUCUUGGUGCAGGAUGACAUGCAGCGGGUCUACUACCCCAUGAUCUUCGACUUCACCCGGCAAGGGAACUUCAGGCAUGCAGGCCAGCUGAGCUUCUUCCAGAUGCCCUACAUUCAGGCUCGCUACACGCAGCGGCGUCUCCGCGCGACUCGGCCGGAUCUGGAUGGAUUGUCGCGUGAGUGCUCGUCCUUUGCUUUCGUUGAAGUGGUGAUUGUGAGGGAAGGCACGACGAAACGCUGGACACUCUCGCUCCGAGGGCACCUCUGGUACCUGAAGCUGAAGCAGAUGGCCUUGGCCCAAUCUGAAGGAGAGCUGCGCUGCUGUCGACUGCGAUUUUUGAAGGAUGAGGUGGCGAGGAUCCCUUACUCGGAGAUUGCCGAGCAUCGAGCCGCUGUGUUCUUUCCGGGCAUCGGCCAUGCCAAACUCACCUUGCAUGAGCUCCGAACGAUGGGGAUCCCCACCCUCUUCCCAGCGAAGAGUCUCAUGUACCGAGUGGAGGACCUGAUCCUUGACCCGCGCCAGCCCUACAGCGGAAGCUACGACGGCUGUGGCUCGCAGCUGGACGGGGGGGCAAUGCGACCAGACUGCAGCAGUCCUUCAAGGCGCUCCACGGCUCCGUGGAUUUUGUCGUUGUGUGGAUGGCGGCGCCACGCCUACUUCAUGGAAUGGUCCAGCUUCUACCGCUAUCCUUACUUCUUGCAUUUCGAGAGUAUCCCUCAUCUUUUUCAGCUCGUUGGUGCGAUGUCCUCGCCAGAGCUUUGGGGUCUGAGCCUGAAGAUGCGACGGCUGAACGCGCGGCUCCGGGCGGACGAGGUGAAGUUCUGGGGCGAUUUGAUCUUAGCCCUCGGCAGCCUCGCCUCCUCGAAGGAACUUCGGCCCGGCCGAAGCGCCGAAGCUUUCGGCGCUGUUCGGAGAGAUCCCAGCUGCUCCUUCGGGCAGAAGGAAGAGAACUCCUCCGCCUCCGCUGGUCGGUCCUGGGUGGCCUGCUGUGCAAGUACCUGUGGCAGCUGCAGCGACGAGAGGUGCAGGCAACGUGGCGACCCCCGUGCUUGCUGCCCUUCGGAGUUGACACAGAAAGCCUGCAGCCACAACAGUCCACCUUGUCGAAUGCAUCGCAUUCAUCAAGAUGUGGCACAUUUGUGA